AUGGGUGAUCGUAAUGUGGAGAAAUUAAUACGGAAAUAUAUUGAUAAACGGGAUGAUAAACUUGUUGAUAUUGUGGAACGAUGCUUACGGAAGGGUUAUGAUUAUGAGAAGAUGAGGGAUCGUGUUAGCGAUCAUCUCCGUGAUUCAACUUCACGGAAGCGUUUAAUCGAUGCGCUUUCUGAUGCAUUUCCACAGUUUGCUCGAAGACGGAAACAUCGGUUCGAGGAAACGAAGGAUACUAAAGAUGGGUCACUGAAGAAGCCUAAACUUGAAGAACGAUCAGACUCUAAUCCAACACCAGCUACACCAAUCAUCACUAAACCGAUAUUGUCGAAUGUUUCUCUUAUCAAAACAGAACCAAAGAAAUCGGAUGAAAUUACGGAAGAAGAGCUCAAAAGCAAGGAAUUGAUGUAUCAAGCUCAAAUGGCAAUUGAGGAGCGGAAGCGACAAUUGAAUCUUACAGCAAGGCCUGGCAUAGUAGCUCAAGCUGUGAUUUCAAAAGCAUCAAAACUAAAUACAAAGGAAGCUAGCAUGUUUAUGAAUUACUCAAUGGAGAAAAUUAAUAGGGUCAAGGAACUGAAAGAAAAAUUAGCACAACGAACAGCAACAGUUGCGCAGCUUGUUAAGAAGGAUGCUAGCGAUGGAGCAAUUUCAAAAGCAAAAGUAACCGAUGAACCGGAGCAGAGAAUUGUCGAGUAUUUAGAUCCUCGAAUUAGUUUAAAAUCUGCUCAGCGGAAGCAGCGUGCAAUUGUUUUCCAUGAUAAAGGCGAAUUUGAGAAAUUGGCCCAACGUGAACGAGCCAAAGCUCGUUUAGCAAUUUUGCAAGCAGAAAUUACGCAAAUAGCCAAGAAAACAGGAAUGUCCUCGUCAGUAAAACUGGCUAUGCUAACUCCAUCAUCAUCUGCGGUGAGUGACGUUCCAGUCGUAGAGUGGUGGGACGAAGUCGUGCUAGGUGGCAGUUAUGACUUGAUACCUGAAGAGAAUAUUGAUUCCGACGACAAGUAUGUGAAGACAAUCACAAACUUGGUGGAACAUCCUAUCCAACUCAAACCCCCUGAUGAGCCUCUUCAACCGCAGUAUCUGAAGGUUUACUUAACAAGUCGAGAGCGAAAAAAGAUCCGACGGCAGAACAGAAAGGAAGCACAGAAGGAACAGACGGAGAAAAUAAGGUUAGGUUUAAUCAAAGCUCCAGAACCGAAAGUUAAAUUAUCAAAUUUGAUGAGGGUAUUGGGUUCGGAUGCUGUUCAGGAUCCGACUAAAGUCGAAGCUCACGUGCGUAAACAAAUGGCUGAAAGACAGCGUAAGCAUGAAGCGGCAAAUCAGCAGAGAAAGCUCACUAAAGAGCAACGGUCGGAAAAGAAAGUUCGGAAAAUUAAGGAAGACACUUCGUUGGCUGUUCAUAUGGCAGUUUAUAAAGUCAAAUCUUUGGCUCAUCCAGCGAAGAAGUUUAAAGUUGAAAUGAACGCUAAGCAACUGCAUAUGACGGGUUUGAUUCUGCUGCACAAUAAUAUCAAUCUUGUAAUUGUUGAAGGCGGACCGAAACAACAAAAAGCAUUCAAAAAUUUGAUGUUGAAUCGAAUCAAAUGGGGGGAUGAAAUUAUUGGCCAAAAAAAAGAAGCCGAAAACAAAGAUACGCCUGGUGAAAGAAAUGAUUGUUCCUUGAUUUGGGAAGGUCUCCAGAAACGACGAAAUUUUGGUGAAGUGAAAUGUAUGGUUGCUACACUAGAAAAACAAGCAAGAGAAAUUUUGGAAAAACAUGAAGCGGCACACUUUUGGGAUCUCGCUUAUAGUACUUCACUUUUGGCCGAUGAAGCUAGCGCUUAA